GCGGCAAUAUCUCCAUUCUCCAGCAUCGUCAAGCUCUCACCCCGUCCACUCGUUCGAGCUCUCGCUUCGGCGUCGUCUCCCCUCUGUGCACCUCCGCCGCACCCGCCAUGGCCACCGCGGCUUCGUGCUCCUCCUUCGUCCUCCCCUUCACCAUACGCUCCUCCUCCUCCUCCUCUUCCUCCCCAUCCCCUUCCCAAGAGAAAUCGACGAAUUCGGUGAAGCUAAGAGAGGAUUGGAGGAAGCGAUCCAAGCCGAUUCCUCCUGGUGGGGUUUAUCCCGCAAAGGACCAUUGCAGUCGUUGUGGGCUAUGCGAUACUUACUACAUCGCCCACGUGAAGAACGCGUGUGCUUUCCUCGGAGACGGAAUGUCGAGGAUUGAGGCUUUGGAGCCCAUGGUCCAUGGAAGAGAGAGAAACACAAACGCUGAUGAAAUGUACUUCGGUGUUCAUGAAAAGUUGUUGUAUGCCAAAAAGAUAAAACCUGUGAAAGGAGCUCAGUGGACAGGAAUUGUAACCACAAUUGCGGUAGAAAUGUUGAAGGCAGAUAUGGUCGAAGCUGUGAUUUGUGUUCAGAGUGAUCCAAAUGACAGACUUGCCCCAAGACCUGUUUUAGCGAGGACCCCAGAGGAAAUUAUUGCAGCAAAAGGUGUUAAGCCAACAUUGUCUCCUAAUCUUGAUACACUUGCCCUAGUUGAGGCAGCCGGUGUAAAGCGUCUUCUUUUCUGUGGUGUUGGUUGCCAAGUGCAAGCAUUGAGAUCAGUUGAGAAGUACCUAGGCCUGGACAAGCUUUAUGUGCUAGGAACUAAUUGUGUGGACAAUGGAACCCGUGAGGGAUUAGACAAGUUCUUGAAGGCCGCAAGCAGUAAUCCAGAAACUGUUUUGCAUUACGAAUUUAUGCAAGAUUACAAGGUUCACAUAAAGCAUUUGGAUGGGCAUAUCGAAGAGGUUCCCUAUUUUUGUCUGCCGGCAAGAGAACUAGUUGAUGUUAUUGCCCCAUCCUGUUACAGCUGCUUUGAUUACACAAAUGCAUUGGCGGACUUAGUGGUUGGGUAUAUGGGUGUGCCAAAAUACUCUGGAUUAGCCAUGACAGAGCACCCACAGUAUAUUACAGUCAGGAACGAACGUGGAAGGGAGAUGCUUAGUCUUGUUGAGAACCUCUUAGAAAUCACUCCUACAGUAAGCAAUGGUAAUAGACGGCCUUUCGUCAUGGAGACAGUUAAAGCAGACGAUGCUGCAAAACUUGGAAAAGGUCCUUCUCAGCCAGCUCCAAGGUUUAUCGGCAACAUUAUAGCAUUUCUACUAAACUUGAUUGGUCCAAAAGGUCUGGAGUUCGGUCGCUAUUCUUUAGAUUACCACACAAUAAGGAAUUACCUGUAUGUAAAUCGGCAAUGGGGUAAACAGAGAGCUGAUAGGCACAUCCCGUCGUAUGCCAAGAAAAUUGUGGAAAGUUAUAAUGAGGACGGGCGCAUUGAUAUGAUGCUCUGACUUAAAUUAAAUCCCCAUUAAAAGGUUGGUAUUUCCCCAACUGAUGCUAGUUAAUUUGGUAUCUUCACAUAUUCACGAUCGUAUCUUGUCGACUUUUGAAUGGAUUUUCGGGUAGUGCAGUUACUUUGCUUUCAGUAUUUGGUGAGAACUGUAGUUGUUGUCUGUCAACGUGAAUACGCAUGUGGCUGAUCCUCUCCAUUUUUUUACUGGCCAAUUGUUUUGCGAGAGGUAAAAUAUUUAGCUUGUAUAAAUAAUUUCACUUCUCGGUGCACUUUUGGGAGUAUCUCUUGUACUUGUAAUAAACUACAGUCUCUAUUGUUUC